AUGCCUCUCCUGGAACACGUGCCGUCCACGAAUGGCUUCCACGAAGCUGCAGACACCAACGCUUUGGAACCAUUCAGUGAGGCCAUCUGCGCCACCGACGGCGAGGUACCUCUGAUACAGAACGUCGUCCGGCAGCCUUUGAAUGGCACAACGACGCGACACAAGAAUGGCGUACCGUUUGUCCGCAGUCUUGAUGAUGAGCCAGUGUUCUCCCCAGUAUCAGAUGUGCCAUUCAAGAACCAGUUGGCGUUUUCUCCUCGCAAAAUCAGAGUCAUCACAGUCGGGGCGGGCUUCUCUGGCCUCAUCAUGGCGCAUAAGCUGCAGCAUAAGUAUCCAGAGCUACGGGGAGUGGUAGAGCACAAGAUAUUUGAAGCCAGACACGACAUUGGAGGGACUUGGCUGGCCAACACAUAUCCGGGAGUCCAGUGCGAUGUACCUUCUCACAUCUACGCAUUCCCCUUUGACCCUAGCCCCGACUGGACGCGCUUCUAUUCCAGCGGCGCCGAGAUUCAAGCUUAUAUCAAGCGUACAGCGAAGAAGUGGUCACUCGACCGCGACGUGCACCUCAACACUCGUGUCAAGUCCGCGACGUGGCAGCCCGAGCCCGGUGUCUGGGCCGUCGUCGUGGAACACAACGGCGUUCAGCGUACAGAGCAUGCAGAGAUCCUCAUCUCCGCCCAAGGCGGCCUUGACACGUACAAGUGGCCCAACAACAUCCCUGGCCUCGAUACAUUCACAGGCAAGAAGACCCACUCUGCAGCUUGGGACCAUGACUUCGAUUACUCGCACAAGCGCAUCGCUGUAAUUGGCAACGGCUCAUCUGGUAUCCAGAUCGUGCCACAACUGAUCAAGCUGGAGGGAACGAGGGUAAUGAAUUUUGCUAGAGGCCCAGCGUGGAUCUACUAUCGUGUGCCGCCGUCGCAACACCUGGGCACAGAUGACAGCGCUGAGGUAGACAAGAAUCCCAUGUAUACCGAAGAACAAAAGACGGAGUUCCGCUGCAAUCCAGAGAGCAUGAAGCGGCAUAGGAAGGCGAUGAUCGCAAGGACAAACAAGGCUUUCAGAAUGGCAAGUGCCCUCACGAUCUUCAUCAAAGGCUCCGAAGCCAACCAGGAAGCAAUGCGCACAGCCGAGAAGCAGAUGCGAGAACGAUUGCAGUACGACGAAAGACUCUGCGACAUGUUGAUUCCCAAGUGGCCAUUGGGAUGUCGUCGCAUCACGCCAGGCGAGGGAUAUUUGGAGGCAUUCCUGCAGCCAAACUCCGAUGGGAAAAUUUUUGAGGCAGACGUCCUGAUAUGCGCUACCGGCUUCGACGUGUCCUUCCGCCCUUCAUAUCCGACAUAUGGCACAUCCGGCCUUAAUCUGCAGCAGCUCUGGUCGAAGGAGGCACCUGCUUCCUACCUCUCUGUCGCAGCUCCGCACAUGCCGAAUUACUUCACGAUGCUGGGACCGCGUGCUCUGGCAGGACAUGGCUCGCUUCUUGAGGCCCUAAGCUGGAAUGCCGAUUGGAUGACAAGGUGGAUCAAGAAGAUCGCCACCGAGGACAUUCAUUGCGUGACGCCGAAAACGUCAGUAGUGGACCAAUUGAUGGCCUAUGGCGAUCGAUUGCAUGAGCGCUUGGUGUGGACAGGAAGUUGCAAGAGUUGGUAUAAGCAAGGUACCGUGGACGGGAAAGUGACGGCGCUGUUCGCUGGCAGCGGAAUGCUAUACAAGCAGUUGUCCAGUGGAGAGUUGAGGUCGGAAGAUAUGGACAUCGAAUAUCGGAGCUCGAACCGCUGGUCCAUGUUGGGCAAUGGCUUCACGGCGUUCGAGUUUGAUGACAAGAGUGACUUAGCCUGGUACAUCGAGAAAUAA